CCUCGGGCCAACAUGGACGACGAAGAGCUCGCCCGUCUGCUUGGUCUGUUGAGCGAUAGAACAGCGCUCACAGGAGAUUUCGUAUCCCCCGCGCACCAUCCCAAGGCGUUCGCACAGACGACGAACGCCACUGGCAAUGGGGACGCCAGGAAGCACACCACUGCACAAGCACGAGUGCAAAGCAAUUAUCCUCGACGAGAUAUUCCCACCCCCUGUUCAUGGUACACAGAUUGCCCCGUGAUGGAUGAGGUUGACCAUUUUCGGCGCUUUGUUGAUCAUGUCGCGACUGAACGGGAGUGGGAACAUGUACGCCGUGCUGAUUUUGCGAAGUGUCGGUCCCAGCUGUCCACGCCAGAAGGUCAAGGAACAGCACGAGCUAUAAAUUCUGAUGCGCUACCAUCAUCCUUGAGCUCGUCCAAAAGUCUUCACCGUUUGGACGACAUCCCGCCUCGAGAGUGGCCGCACGUUCCUGGAAGAGAUGUGUCAUCAUGGGAUCAGGUCGUCGCGGACGUCAAUGCUGAGUCGCUCCCGCUUCUUUGUGUUUCCAAGUUAAUUCAGCUGCCUCCUGGUAACCUUAGAUAUGAGCCCUUCGACGUAGCACAAGUUUUGCACAGCAUCACAACCUAUCUCCGCGAUCACAAUAUUUUCAAAGGAUCGACGAGCUCCUGGUCAGUAGAAUCGUUUCGGGCUUUCAUGGUUAUGCUUGCCCUCGGCAUCCAGCUCCAAUCUGCGUCCAUCCUUCAAGACAUGGCAUUUCUUUUAUUGAGCACAAACUCAGCCUCGGCGUUUCCACUGCCCGCCGAAGACCAGCGCAUAUUUCAAGGGGUCAUGCACCUCCUCGGACACGCCCCGUCCCCCGAUGUGACAACUCGUUUGGCUCUACCGGUCCCUCGAUGCAUGAUCGGGUCGUGGGUCUUAGACGCUCUUCCCUUAUCACCUCGAGACGCCUUUGCCACAGAUGGUCGAUUCCUAUACAUUUACACUCGUGCUGGUCUGUUCAAAGUUGGGACUGGCGCAGCGGAAACUGUGCGCAACAUGGUGUAUCUGCACAAUCGCACUUAUUGCCGAAGCGCCGACGUCGAACGGUCGUGGCUGUGUCUGGUGGACCAGCACUUGUACUGCCGCACCGUUGCGAUGCCUGGAAAUAGCAUCGACCGCAUUUCGCUCGACUUUUCAACAGUGACCCCUCUAUACCUCGCUGGCGGGUCCGGACUCGGUGGUGUCACUUCUACCAGCGUAUACGCUUUGGUCUCGGACGGCAAGGCUCUGUACGCAAUCACAUGUCGCGAUAUUGUGGCAAACCGAUCGUCGAAAACUCCGAUUCCUCCUACACUCCAGCGAUCCAAGGUGAAACGAAAGGAACGGUCGACUUCUGUCGCCAUCUUAGAUGCAAACCCGAUUCAGGUAGGUAACCGAGUUGUACGAGGACCUGACUGGAAGUGGUCAAAUCAAGACGGUGAGGAGGGAAGCCCUGGAACCGUCGAGCGCAUUUCGACGUGGGGAGGUGUCCAAGGCAGCGGUAUCACUGUGCGGUGGGACAAGAAUCAACGCAUGAACACAUAUCGAUGGGGCGCGGAAGGGUGCUUUGACAUUCAAAUCAUCGAAGAAGACGCGAGUGGCAACAUCUUGACGCACAAACCAAUCAAGAUGGACAACCGGUCGGGCGGUGCUGCCGGCAAGUCCACGCCGGCACAACAUGAAUUUGUUGUGUACAAGUACGACCCGACGACGCUGGAAUCGUAUUUAGACCAAUCCGACCAAUGCAUGCGCGAGAUGUUGCACCUCCCAACUGGUGUCAAAAAGGAUGACAAGCCCGAAAAGUCAUUUUCGGCGUCCCUCCCACAUUUUAGCCAUACACAUGAACAUCCUGUCGGCGAAAGCGACUCCAAAACACCUUGGGUAUGUGACGGCCACCAGACCAGCUGCGUCGGUUCCGACGGCGUGCGGUAUCGUUGUUUGACGGGGUGUGACUUCGAUUUGUGCGCCGCCUGUCUGGCGGUAACGACCAACUUGGCUGACGUUGUGCCGCCCAUUUCUGCUGAUGAUGUCGUGGACGAGCUGCCGUUUUCUCUCGAAGACGAUGAGUUCUUCAAAGUGGAAUCGAUGCCCACGAUGACUGAAGACGCCCGUGUGGACCAAGAUGACCUGUUGGCCGAGUUGCAACAAGCGUGGCAGGGGCAAUUUGGGUCAAGGGAGUGUGCUGUCGCACUACUGAAGCAUGACUAUAACGUCCAACAAGCGAGUGAGUGGCUCGUGACAAGCGGAACCCUGCUGAAGCGCCGGUGCGUCAUCCCUGUCCGAAGAUCCCUUGUGCUCGAGCAAAACAACUUGACGCUCCUGGACCCGGUGUUGCUGAUUGCCGGGUCGUUUUAUACAACGGGGAAGCAACUUGGCAUUGUAGUUCCUGGGGCGAUCUGUCAUGUCGAGCCGUCGAAACGUCGACGGCAAGGUGACAUUUUGAACGUAUUUUCCAUGGCGUCGGGGACGCUCUUGGCGGACGUCCACCAAUCGGUGGCGGUGUCUGGAGGGUCGCCCAUGUGCUACGACCAUAUUCGAGAUCGAGUGAUCGGGCAUGAGUUCAAUUCCUCCGUCAUGCUGGAGUUUACCAACAUCGAGAAUGCGGUACCGGUGGACACGUCCGCACCAGCGUUGACCGAUCCUGGCGGUUUUAUUUUGCAUCAUUUGGUUCGGAUUGUGGGUCUGCGGCACCGACUUGAGCCCACGUAUUUCCCUCUGAAAACAAUUGAAAUGCACAUCCAACAACUCGAAGCGGGAAAACCAAAACGACGGCAAGUGGUGAAACUCAAGGCUCGGCUCGAAAUGAUGAAAAAACUGGUGGGUUCCGACCCUCGGCAAGGGUACUUUCUGCCAUUUUGCCCCACUGUGACGUGUCUCCCAGCGUUGUCAAGCUACAUUGUUCAUGCCGUCCAAGCUCGAUGGAGUCCUGACGUGGUAAACAAUUGGCUGUACUUGUUGGUUGGGUUCCUUGAGGAAGCCAUGUCUGCCGAUAUCACCUCGUUCGGAGAUUUCGACGCCGAGUCGUUGGAGGACACGCUCGUUCAAUUGUGCACUGGCGAAUGCGGUGAAGAGUACAUCGCUUCGACGUCGCGAUUGGCGCAACGCGCCCUGCUCUGGGGGAUGAACCACCAAGUGUUCUUUGCAUCGCCGGAGAAAUUGCAAGCGUCCCUAGCAAAAUGGUGCAAUUCGCUGGAGUUGUCUCGAGACAACAUGUCAUACGCGUUGUUGAUGCCGCUCAGUCACCCUACCCGAACCUACCCAGAUGCAAGUGCCGUCAAGGCGGGGUUCACGGGUAGUAUUCUUCGAACGUUUGCGUCGAGCUCGAUUUUCCUUCAACGACUUACGAUAUCUCCUCAAGUUUGGAUCUCCGCUCUUCUGUCCCUCAACAAGAAGGAACAUACGAUUCUAGAUCGUGAACCGAAGACACUUUCACCGACCCAACGAUUGCUCUUUUCCAUCACGGCAUAUAUGCUUCAACAGCCACUUCACCUUCAUGUGCCAUGGAUGAUUGAGACUGUGCUGACUGAGUGCAAAGCAUAUUUUAACGAAGACGACCGGCAGUUCCGAACGUCCCUUGGAGGUACCCUAUUGCCAUUGAUCGUCGCGGGCUUGGCGCAUCGACCAGAGUUGGCGAACACUCUCCUUCCAACCCUUGAGGACUUGCUGCUGUCCAUGGAUGCGGUGGUUGCUACCUUGCCGAAGUGUCAACAUGCCGAUGCGGCCUACAAGUCGACCGAACUGACUGGGUUUUUGUCCCCCGCCGAAGUCGCAGAGAGUCCACAUCCAUAUGGCCUCGGGGUCCCGACCUUUCGAAAACAACUGCACUUUUCUCAAGCGACUGCAUUGGAUCUUGAGUUUGACCACGCGUCGUGUACGGUCAACUCGAACGAUUUUGCAUUUGUGACGAGCAAUCCGCACACGAAUCUCGACCGCUUGUGCAUCGACCAUGCGUUCCAGGGCGACAAAUACUUUCAUGGACCAUCGCCGUGGCCUACGUCGAGCUUGGCGGGCGAUGCAGCCACGAUCGUGCUCUGUGCGACGACGCAUCCGGAUGACAAUGCCAAUGAGAAACUGCGCUACGGGAUUAAAUGCCAAGCCCGGGGGUACUUUGCAAUGCGAAUGCCAGCUCUUUUGCGCACUCAGCAUGCAUUGGCCCAACUUAUCAGCAACCUGGCUCGGCAACUCGUGGCUGACGAGUCCACGCAAGAUGUCUCGAAACAGUAUCUGGACGCAUUGUCCGCGUGUACUUCCCUUCCCGAAAAUAUCGUGGCCAUUGCUAACAACGUGGAUCAUCCAUUUGUAAAUCGACUCGAAAAGCAAUUCGGACGAAUUUUUCUGCGCAAGAGCAUUGAAUGGCGCCGAUGCACCAUGGCAUGUUUGGCUGUUCUCCUUGGUGUCAGUAAAGUGGAUAUUGACACUGUGGACGUCACGGAUCUUCGAUCGGUCGUUCAAGGCGUGUCUGACCUGCAACGGUUUAUGAUGAAGCAUUCUCAAAUUGAGAUCGAGUGGGCCGCUUUCCUGACUGACCAAACACCCAAGGACGGCGUAAUCGAACGCUUGGUUGGAAACGAAGAGCUGUUGCAAGGCCUCUGUUCAUAUCUCCAGCUGCAGGAACAAACUCCUGAAGCAAUUUAUGCCAAGUUGGAAGGUGCUCGAGGUUCCGGAGAUGUGUUAAAUUUGCCCAGCAUCAUCCAGCUUGUGGAAGACCGAGCGCGAUUGUUGCUCAACCAACGAAAAGUCCACUCAAAUGACAAUCACAAUCCGUCGGUGUCCCUCGACACCGUUGUUAAGUUUCUUCAAAGCUCGGUCGUGCCGACGGAGAUCAACAAGGUCAUCGCAAUCCACAAAAAGAACGCUAAUCGUCGACUGUCGGGUCUGAACGUCUUGCAUAACAUGCUUGGAUUGAAGAGCUUGAGCACUCGACAAUUGUUUAUGGGUGCAUUGUUACAAUCCAUGACGACCUCGACACAGAAAGUGGCGAUCUCGGACAACUGCGAGCUUUGCGGCUCGGAAUUGAUGGCUCAAUUGGAAGAUGGAUUAAAGAAAUACUUGAACACAGCGAAAUCUCUAUGUGAAAGAUCUUCCACCUUGUACUCCCACAAGGUGAUGCUUGGGUUGGAGCUGACUGCGUUUGCAUCCAACGAGCCCCACGACAGCUUCAUGCUUCCUCAAGUCAUUCAUCUCCUUCGGGACCCGCCAGUGUGGUCAUUACCCAACGCGUUGAACCACUUCGCAAAUGCUGUUCAAGCGAAGGACGCAUUCUCCCGCAACGUCAAGGGUUAUUCUGAAGUUUUGUGGAUGGUACUGCGUCGCCUCCUUCGGACUGCUGUGGAAGUUCCACUGGCCGCUCGCCUCGAGAUGUGCCACGCGCUGUUUCAAUUUGUCUCAACGGCGCAUGAAAAGGCUAGAAUUUUGGACCUCGUCCGUGGAAUUGUCGAUCGAAAUUGCACAUUGACUUCCAACUGGACGACGACGAUUGGAAGUCUGGUCGAUUUUGGUCAUUCUCCAAUGCUACUUCGGGCGGUUCGACGAUUGUUUGAUCAACUUGCUGCACCACAAGACACCUCGCUUGUACGUCGGAUAUUGCACGGAAUUGGGACAUGUUUGUCUGUGGAACGCCCAGCUUGUCCUGCGAAAGGCAGUGACUCGUUUGGUACUGUUCUGUAUUGGACCAAUUCAGCCAACGAGGCCCUGAUCAAGCUUGUGGCGCUUCUGGACGAUCAACUACACCCAGAAAUCCCGUCGUGGAACAUUUCGGUUGAUGCGACGAGCCUUGCCAAACAACAACACCUGCUGGACACCUCGAUCAUUCAUCGCUACGUCCAAUGUGACGGGUGUGGAUUGAAUCCACUGGUCGGACAUCGCUUCAAGUGUCGGUCGUGUUCAAACUACGACCUUUGCACAGUCUGCUACGUUGGCAACGUGCAUGAUCUAGACCACGUGUUUUUGCGGUGUUCGGACACAUCUGGUAACUCCGACCAACUUCCUCCGCGUAUAAGUGAGUCUUUGUCCGGUUCUCGACUGUGGAAGUCGACUCUCCUGCACUCCGAACUCCAGGCCAAGGGGUUUGCUGUGCUGCUCCUGUCAUCUGAAGCUGAAUGCACAGCGAUGGCAGAAAAAAUCACGUCGUCGCUCAACUUGUCGUGCUCGGUCACUGGUCUCGAGCAAAUUCGCCGGUUGCAAUCAUUAGCUCCGGAAAAAUCGGCUGCUUCGACCCCACGCAACACAAUGGCCGCAGCCAUUAAUGCUGCCGCCGAACCGCUGGAUGUGCACUCGAUUAAGCAAGAUUUGGCAUCUGACUUCAUCGCGCUAGUUCGCAAGUGGCUCACUCCUAGCUCGAAAACGUUUGGCGCGGUUGUGGCGUGUCUGAAACUCGUGCCUGGGUUUUCCAAGGGAUCCAAGACGAUUGCUGACAUGUACGAAGGGAUCGGCGCGGUAGCUGUAUUGGGAGGGACGGUCGAACACUUGCGUGAAGGCGGCUACGUGACGUGGAACCACGUCACUGCCCAAGUUCGAACCAUUUUCCAACAUCAAUUGAACCUUCAAUUAUCAUGCGGCCGAGUUGAAACGAAGGUGCAAAAGGCUGAAGUCGUUCCUGUAUCAGAAGUCGAAAUCGAUGCCGCCUGCGCCAAACUGUUUUUGGAGGUUCUGUACGUAUUUGAUGACAUUCUUCAAGAAAUCGAUUCGUGGAUCAAAUCCGACGAAGUGUGCACGUUUAAGUCGGAUGUGAGCUGGCGCGUGCUCAAAGCCUUGCAUGUCCUCGUUCCGUUGUGGCCGAGUGUGUCGGACAACCAAGUUCUUGCACUGUAUGGUUGUAUUCCUCCAACAUUGAUGGCACUUGCCCAAAAAUGCCCCGUCAGCAUGCAAUUCAUUUCGACAGAGUUGGGACACGCUUGUGAAAUGGCAUGGUUGUAUUUGCGCAAAAUGCAUCACUUUGUGGCGCUCAGUCCUUUCAAGUCGCAUCUCCCGAUUCCAAGCCCAUUAAACUUGUCGACUCAAAUCCUCGAUGCGGAAGACGACACAUCAGCCACGUAUUGGUACAACAUGUACUCGUACGCGACGCUAGCCGAUUUGCCUCAACAUCCUGGACGCAACAAAUUGCUUGACCACUGGGAACGCCAUGUAAUUCCAGCGAUUCAAAAGUACGUGCGGGGGUCGUUCAAGUCGUACGAAAUGGAUUACUUCUUUGCUCAACUCCGCGAGCCACUGCGAGAAGGAAACAACGCCGCCGCCCGACGAAUUGCGCACACAUUGUGCGACGGACACGUUCCGCCUGGCUGUCUUUUUCCAGACAACAACGCGGACUGGACGGCGUUGCAGUGGGACGACUUGGCAAUUGGAUCAACCUACCGCAUCGAACUGGACGUGGCAAGUGCUCCACCUGGUAUGGGUUGGUGCCAAGGCCACUGGGGCACAAUCGCUCUGAUUGACCCAGCGUCGAAGUUAGCACUCUUGCAAGUGAUCAACCCCGACACAGCGUCAUUGCAACACUGGUGGCUGUCCGUAUCGCAACUGCAAGGUGGCGACGUGGCACGUCCACCCGUUUCGAUGUUCGCCGAUCAAGUCCUUCAAACAAUGCACGUUUCGUCGAGUCGCGCAGUGUACAAGCUGGCCCGCGACUGUGUCUUUGCCAUCGUUCGAAAGUGCCCCGAAUUUGUUAGAGUCGACCUUGGCCACUCGUUGCAGCGAGGGUAUGCCUUGUCGGAUUUGCUCGCGGUUGCAGCAGACGAAUGGUCCCCGAUGGCGGUCGAGAAAUCGCACUCGAUUAAAGACGCGAUUCAGUUCCUUCAGGCAACGUCGCAUGUGCUUCCUGUUGUACCGAAACCCAAACAGAAGAAGUCCAAGGAAGUCAUAGUUGACGACGCUGUCGCAUUCAAGGACAUGGCGAAAUUCAUUGGGUCGCAGGUGUCCGUGGCGCUGAACAAAGCAAUGGAACACCACAAGUCGUAUGUCGUCACCAGCGCUAGUCCCCCGGAGCCGCUCGUUCACUUGCACUUGCCAGACGUAAGUUGGAUGGUCUUGACGUUCUUCGUCCAUCCAGUCUUGAUGGAUUUGCCCGCGGGAAGUUGCAUGGAAAUCUUCUUUGAUGAAGGUUGCACUCAACUAAUUCGAGGAUACUAUGGAGGCCGCAAAGGUCUCAGCAAGCUUCCCCCGUUGUGGGUUCCGUCAAAUUCGUGUUACAUCAAGAUGUCGAUAUCCGAAUACGCUCGCUACAAAGUUCGCGUCGAUGGUAUCCACGGGACGCUAGGUGUGGCAACGUGGCUGAAUGACUUGCUCAACGACCCGAAUCAAUGGUGCACUUUCUUGGACCUAUGCAACUGGCCUCCGCUGGUGCAACAAAUCGCAUUUGCGGCGCUGAUUCCGAAAAUGCCUCGGACGGUGUCGCCUUCUUUGGCGUACAAGCUGAAAGAACAGUGGAAGGCGGUGUUUGCGGAAGAGCGUCCAGUCUAUUCAACUUAUGCGCAGCAGUUGGUCGAAAUGCUCACGGUGGUUCAUUCCGACACGGAGGAUGUGAUCCAGUCAUUUCGACGAAUGACGAAAUUUGCAGAUGCGUUUACAGACGCGAGGACAAAGGAAGGCGUAGUCGGUCGCGUCCCAGUCGAUGAGAUCAAAGCUAUGGUCGACCGCAUGCGAGCCAGCGACUUCUACACAGAUCGACUACUUAUCUUGCAAAAACUACCCAAGACCUCGGACAUCGAUGGGCUCGUGAAAGCGGUAUCAAAGUGGGUCGUACACCUUUCCCUGGAGUGUUGUGGCGAAGCUGAUGAUCAGAGUAUGUUUUCUGCAACGGAUGUGACUCGGUUUGGAAUCCUCGCGCGAAUUCUCUAUUGCCCCACGGACUCGAGUGGAUUCUCAAUUGGCUAUUGCGUGGUGGACGUCGGUCGCGACGAUAUCAUUGAUAAGCUCAUGGCGAGCUUGACCGACACGCCGUUUUACUUCGAAGGUGAACACACCGAAGACGAUCCAGAGCUGAUGGCAUUCAUCCACCUCAGCGAGAAGUCCGAGUCUUCCUCUUCAGCGGCGCCGUCAAUGUGGGCGUGCGCCUCGUGUACGUUUGAAAACAAUGCCGACUCGACCGUUUGCAACUUGUGCGGGACGCUUAACCCAAACAAGGCCGCAUCACCGCCAGAGUCCGAUGCGUCCACCAAUGCUCCUGGCCCAAGCGAUGGAUGGACAUGCUCGGCUUGCACGUUUUUGAACGACUGGAACAACUCAACGUGCUCUAUAUGUGGCUCGGAAUGCGAUCAAGAGAGAAUCCUGACAUCUCUAGAUUCGCAAUCUCCUGUUGACGGUAUCGCGCCACUAGAUGGUGGCAAUGUCGAGACGCCAUCGACGACCAGCCAACAUCGUUUGUCGGUCCUAACUUUCAAAGCCGCGUACAAUGCCGGUCACAGUCGCGAUCCGCGCGUGAAUGAUAUUCUGAAUGCGUUGGUUCCUCGAUCAACUGCUGCGGAACUGAUCGCUUCUGCAGACGUGCCCACGUGUCCACGUGAGCGAUAUGUGGAAUUGCGUUCGAAAGGAUAUGAUCUCCAACUCACGUUCGGAAGUUUUACAUCGCUGCAACAAGCACUCGUCGCCAUGGGGAAGUGGACGUUUGCGAUGGACGUGCAACUCAUCGACGCUGCGCUCCAGCAAUGCCAUCGCAUUGGGCUACCAAACUUGACUCAAAUGUCGGUGAGCCACUUGGGGGCACUUGUCGACACGCAGCAUUCGCUGCUGACAGCACUGUCGUUACCAGAGCUUCGGCUGCGCUUUUUGAUUUUGCAGCAGUGGAACGUUCUGUUGAGCGAAACGUUGAGCCUUGUGGACUUUCACCAUGUCGGUGUCGGCGCAAAAUUGGUGAAGCUGCGGAAAUUGAUAUUCCCAGGAGUAAAAAUCCGUUUCUUCAAUCUCGUACAAGACAACACGACUCAAGGCGGCGAAAAGAAACCCACCGUCACCAUAGACCGUCUGCUCUGGAAGCGCGAUCCGUCCGUGUCGUUGUUCGAGUUCGUCCAAAAUCAAUUGAUGGCUGUCAAUCCACUUUCGCUGCGCGCCAAGCGACCACUCGGUGCAUCCGAUCCGUUCAUUGCAUUCAGUGUCGAUUUUAUGGGUGAAAAUGUCGUGGGCGAAGGCGGACCGUACCGGCAAUUGUUUAGCGACAUUGCCCACGAAUGCUUCCGGCUGAACUUGUUCCUACCAACCCCGAAUUCUACCCAAAAGCUCGGAAGUGGACGCGACAUGGUUUUGCCUCGACCAUCCGCAACUAGUCGACAUGACAUGGAGCAGUAUGAAUUCGUGGGGCUCUUGAUGGGAUGCUGCCUGCGCACUGGAGUCCACUUGCCCCUUCGGCUGGCUCCUUUGAUUUGGAAAAUGCUCGUGCAUCAACCUGUCGUUGCUGCCGAAUUGAAGCAAGUCGAUCAGGCACUUCACGAUAGCUUGAUCAGCAUCCAGACUGACGCAACACUACUCGAGGCGCUAACAUUUACGACAGCGUUAAGCGAUGGACACGUCGUUGAGCUUGUUCCUGGCGGUCACACCAAGCCUGUGACGAAGGAAAAUGUCGCCGAGUACGUCAGAUUAGUAACAAAAACGAGACUCGAAGAAUGCCGGCCCCAGGUGGAUGCGAUUCUUCGAGGCGUGGGCAAAAUUUUUCCUCUACAAUUGCUGCCUCUGUGCACGUGGACCGAGUUGCAGCAGUGGAUCGGUGGCAGCCAAGUGAUCGACAUCGAUUUGCUCAAGCGCCACACGAAAUAUGCUGCGGGUAUGACGGUUGAAGCAUAUCCGCAUUUGGAGUACUUUUGGCAAGUCCUACAUGGGUUUUCCGAGGAAGACAAACGCCGGUUCAUCAACUUUGCUUGGGGCCAAGAGUCCUUACCUGCCGAUGACGCCGAAUUCGACCGGACGCGGACCCGACUACUCAUCAAACCGCCGACUCAUGCUGCCAGCCAUUCCCAAGACUCGCUCUUGCCGAAAGCGGAUACCUGUUUUUUCAAUAUUGAAUUGCCCGCAUACAGUUCGGUGCAAGUGAUGAAGGACAAGCUGCAUUUGGCCAUUAACCUUUGCAUGAGCAUGGACGCUGACGACCCAUCUGGGCGGAUGGAUGUGUACUUCGAAGGCGAAUGAGGUGGAUGAGCCUGUAUUGGAAUACAGGCUCACGAAAUCACAACCAGGUCGGGGUAUGUGUCGGCUGUGUGGGCAAGGACUUCCUUGGACACACUGGUGGAAUCCAAAUCGAAUUAGUGUCUUGCGAAUUACGAUCCCACGUACUUUGUAUAUUUAACAUCCAUUUUCUUCAUCCGUUUGGCUUCGCGUUGGGUGGCCACUGCAUC